AUGACGUCGUGGGGCAACGCAGCUGGGAGCUCGCACCUCGCAAAAAGCAGCCCGGAUGAAGCACCACCAGUGGUACCUACGGGGCAAAGGUCCAGGCCUUCCUCUCAUCACCUCACUUAUGGUUGGCCUGGCUGGUGCGACCAAUUCAACGAGAAUUGCUGCUCCAUCGGAAAACCCCUCCCUGGGGAUGCCUGUUUGGUGCAUCUCAAUUCUCAACAACAAAAAAUUCACCGGCCGAAUCAAAACGGGGUUGAUGGACGACCAAGGCGCCGCGCAGCCGAUUGGACUCAUCGCCACCUCCGGAAGGGUGGUGGAACUGGUGUCCAAGGCGAAAAGGCGACGCUGAAGGUUGAGGCACUUCUUUUAGCGGCUGAAACUCCGCGUUGGUACUUGAAUUUGCUCGGCAACCCCGUCUUCUCACUCGAUGGACUGAUGGAGGCGUUAUUUGGUUGCCGGGUUUGCACCUUGCUCCUUCGAGGGGAGACGAGUACGAGUUAUCAAUAUCAGCGUUGGUGGGACCGAUAUGUCGUUAUCGUCGCCAAAUGCCAUCACCGAUACGUCAGGCGCAACAAAGUAGUUUCGGGUGAUUCACACCAGAUGCACCAGUCGUCCAACACACUUCUCUUCAUAUUUCUGCAUAAUGAUAGACAGCCUGGUCUUGUAGAUCCAAUGGGCAGCCAUAGUAAUCUAUCAUGGCCCAUUGUUCUCAGUAUUUUGCUAGAUGUUCAAAGGGCAGCCCAGGCUCAGGCAUGGACAUGGGCCACAGGCAGAAUCCAAGAUAUGCCAGUGAUCGCGGCCGGGGUAUACCAAGCUAACGCAAGCUCUGGUGCCAUGGGAAUUGACUUUAGGAAGCCGCUCCUAAGCGCUGCUGUGCUGGAGCUCCAGCUCCCCAACCCCGCAUCCGGGCCACACGACCGCCGACAGCUCUGGGCAAGGUCCCUUAUCCGGCCUAUCUAUCGAGCCAGCCACACUCUCACGACAUCCCCUCCGGUCACCGGACUCCCCGUCAUCAUUACCGACGUCCCCCAAACACGAAGGCCACGAUCGAUAGCGACGAGCUUCACGAAUAAUUACGGCGGCUAUCUGACUAUGGCCUAUACAUGCGCACGAUGCCUUCUCCUCUCGAGUGCUAAGCGCACCUUCUCCGCCUCCUCCGCUGCUCGAACCGCCCCGAGACGUUCACAAGACUUCAACUCGGGUUUCACAAGCAGUUAUGAUCCGACUAGUGAUACUGGCCGCGGGCCCAUGUUCAACAAGAACAACUUCGGAGUUCCGCAAUUCUAUCCCCGAGACCUGAAGAAGCGUGUAGACGACUAUGUUGUCGGCCAACAUCGAGCGAAGAAGACCAUCUGCUCCACCAUCUUCAACCACUAUCAAGGAGUGCGGCGGAGAAGGCACCAGGAACACGAGGAGAAGCUACAGAGAGAAAAGGCCGAGAGGCAACGCUAUGCCCGAGAUAGAGACAUUCUCGAGAGGCGUGACAUUCAUCCUGUUCAAGGUCAGCGAGGUCGUCAGUCUGCCUUCCAGCGCUUUCCUGCUGAUGACGAGUGGCCCCAAGAUGAGUUCCCUGGCCAUGCCGAAUCUACCCAACACUUGGAUGAAGGCUAUGAGUCGUCCACCGGUUUCGACGGUUCCUAUCUUGCCGAGGAACCUGCAACCCCUCCUCCAGUCAAGAUUGACAAGAGCAACUUACUGCUCAUCGGUCCCACCGGUGUCGGAAAGACAUACAUACUAGAAACUUUAAGCAAGAAGCUCAACGUACCGUUCACGAUAUCCGAUUGCAAUGGAUUCACCCAGGCCGGCUAUAUCGGACAGGAUGUCGAGACAUGCGUAGAGAGACUACUGAUCGAAUCGAAUUACGACAUCAAGGCUACAGAGCAGGGAAUUAUCGUACUGGACGAAUUUGAUAAGCUGGCGAAAAGGGAGAGCAUGAAUGGCCGCGACGUUGGCGGAGAAGGCGUUCAGCAAGCUUUACUCAAGCUCGUCGAAGGCUCCAAAGUAACAAUCAACGUCAAGGACAACCGCUCGUCACGAUCAACACCUCCUAUUACAACAAAUUAUACUUCUUCGAGUUCAACGUCAGCCCCUCAAUCGACUCCACCUCAGGGCAAGGUCGAUCAGUACACAAUCGACACGACAAAUAUUCUGUUCGUCUUUUGUGGUGCUUUCGUUGGUCUUGACAAAGUUAUUGUCCGGAGAGUAUCGAAGCCAUCCAUGGGCUUUGGCUCAGAACUGAAAGGAAAACAUGGCCUCGCCGGCAAUCAGCACGACUUACCGCGCCAAUCAUUCUCGCAUCUGCCACAUGUUGACCCCGAGGCACCAGCCUCAGCAUACACUCCCUUGGACCUCACGACGCCAGUAGACCUGCAGGUGUUUGGAUUCAUCCCUGAACUAAUUGGUAGAGUGCACAACAUCUGUGCACUUAGUCCUUUAUCCUUGAAUGAUCUUUACAGGAUUCUGACUGAGCCGCGUAACUCCCUGGUUGCGCAAUACACUGCUCUGUUCGAAACAUAUCCUUCCAAGCUACGCUUCACGCAGAAAGCCUUAUAUGCAAUCGCGGAACGUGCUGCGAAGGCCAAGACCGGGGCUCGAGGCCUCAAGAUGGAGAUGGAGAGAGUUUUGGCAGAGCCGAUUUUCGAUGCGCCGAUGUCAUACGUCUUGAUCACCGAAGGUUGCGUCAAGGGCACUGAGAAAGCCGGAUACUGGGGCAAGGACGGCCGUUUGGAACUGGAGCGGCGUAUGGCUGACGAGGACGCUGAACCUGGAUCGCGGCCAGAGGAUGUCACCUUUGAGCAGUAUCGCGAGGCUGGCCAGAGUGGUGCAUGA